AUGGAGGCGUCCAAUCAUACCAUUGUCGGCACGGAACCGCCGUUACCGAAAGACAUGUCUCACCACUAUUCGGAUGUAACGAAGGCUCGAGCCCCAAGUAGGAUGAAGGAAUUCUACAAGUACUUCCAAAUACCAAACAUCGGCCAACUCGCAGGUGGUCUCCCUAAUGCCCAACUCUUUCCCUUCGACACUUUAGAAGCCCAGACCGCAAAACCGGAUCGAUGGACCCCGACGCCUAACUAUCCGGAUCCCGAUGGCACGCUAUCUUCCCAACUAGCCGCGACAUCUAUCUCAAAACGGACCGUAGCCUCACAUGUCGUCGUACCUCACGAUGCCCCAGCCGCGGACCCGAGGAAAAAGAUAGAUCUUGCUUCUGCCUUACAAUAUGGCCAGGCUGAUGGAUACCCGCCGCUACUUUCCUUCGUUCGUGAAUUCACGCGGGAUUACCUACAUCCAAAUGUGCCUUACAGGGGCGGACCGGAGGUUAUCUUCACAGUCGGUUCAACAGACGGCAUGUCCAAGACAUUGGAAGUAUUCAGCAACGUUUGGGUAGAAGGAAGGAAUGACAUUCGGGAGCGACCAGGCUUGCUGUGCGAAAUUUUUAUGUACGCCAAUGUGCUCACUCAGGCGCAACCCCGAGGUAUCCAAGCUGUACCUAUUGAAAUGGAUGAUGGGGGUAUGUUGCCGUACGGCCCUGGAAGCUUGGAAGAUGCCCUUGCAAACUGGGAUCACAGCAAGGGGAAACGUCCGCACUUGCUAUACACCGUAACAAUGGGUCACAACCCAACAAGUGGCGUCUUGUCUCUCGAGAGGAGGAGGGAAUUGUACUCGAUCUGCAGUAAAUACGACGUCAUCAUCAUUGAGGAUGAUCCUUAUUGGUACCUCCAGUACCCUUCGGCAGCGGUUGAGGAGGCAAAAGCGAGAGGUUUACCCAUCCCCGAAACAAAAGUAGCGAAUACUCUUGAAAGGAAAUCUGGGUAUGAAUACCUGGAUUCUCUUGCGCCAUCAUUCCUGAGUAUCGAUAUAGACGGACGGGUUGUGAGAUUAGACACUUUCUCCAAGACCGUAGCUCCUGGCUGCCGGAUGGGAUGGAUUACCUCGAGCCCGACGAUUUGUGAGCGUGUUCUCCGUGUCAGCGAGACAGGCACACAGCAGCCCUCCGGUUUCGUCCAAGUCGUAGUCGCCGAGACUAUCAUGGGGCCGCAACCCGAGGCAUCAGCUGCAUUUGCAGCCCGAUCUGCGAAGGAUCGGGCCACUUUUAGCGGCUGGAAAAUGGAUGGCUGGGUGCGAUGGCUCGCCGGCCUGCGGGGCCAGUACGAGAGGCGCAUGAAUCGAAUGUCUAAGAUCCUCGAAGAGAACGCAUACCAACUAAAACAGUCGACACCUAUGCGCGAGUCUGAUUCCGACUGGGGCGUCAUCACCAAGACUCAGCUCUACGACUUCCAAUGGCCUCGUGGCGGCAUGUUCCUGUGGCUGCGCAUGCGCUUCGAGACGCACCCGCUAUGGAAAGCCGCCGGGUCCCGCGGCAAUAUUAUCAACGGAGUCGCACUAUCCACCGCGCUCAUGAUCUUCCUCACGCGCAAGCCGUUCCGAGUCCUAGUCAGCCCAGGGCUAAUGUUCAGCGCGACCGACAAAAUCCGCAACGAGCGCGGCUGGGCGUAUUACAGACUGUGCUUCGCGGCCGAGACAGAGGAGAACAUCGACAAGUGCUCCCUACGCUUCGGCCAGGGCGUCCAAAGGUUCUGGCGCAUUAAAAAUGUAAAAGAGCUCGAGGCCAUACUUGACGAUGCUAAUGCGGCGCAAACGCAAGAUGAGGAUGAGGCGGGUCUAGUAAAUUUGGGGAGUUGGAUGGGAUGUUAG